AUGGCGUCGGAGAUGCUGCUCAGGAGGAUCCAUUCCAUCUGCCGUCUCGCCCCCGGCGACCGCCAGUCGCAGCUGUUCGGACGCGGGGAGGGGCUCCGCCGUCUGGUUCCUACGGCGAGCCAUCCAUCGUUCUGCAGCAGCGUGUGUGAGCAAGCCGGCGCGGGCAGCGCAAGCAAGGAUCAAGAUAACCUCGCUAGGUUUUCAGACCCACAGGUUGCUCACGAGGAUCGCCGGUUCGUUCAGUUCUUGGAUAGGAUGCUGGACGCGACGAGAAAUCCCCAGAGUCUUGCGCAGAUACGGCGCGAGAAGCUUCCAAAUGAUGUGAAAAUAUUGGAUGAUGAGAUAUGA